UUUCUCUCCUCCAUCACACACAUACACAUACACACACACACAGUGUUUAUAAAAAAUAAUAAUAAAAAAAAAAGUGCAAAGAAAUGGCGAUUACUUUAAACAGCGGAUUCAAAAUGCCAAUAAUAGGACUGGGUGUAUGGCGUAUGGAAGGCAAAGAUAUCAAAAAUCUUCUCAUUAAUGCUAUCAAACUCGGUUAUCGCCAUUUCGAUUGUGCUGCUGAUUACCAAAAUGAAACGGAAGUCGGGGAGGCACUAGCCGAGGCAUUUAAGACUGGAUUGGUGAAGAGAGAGGACCUCUUCAUUACUACAAAGCUAUGGAACUCAGACCAUGGACAUGUUAUCGAGGCUUGUAAAGCCAGUUUGAAAAAGCUUCAACUAGACUAUUUAGAUCUCUUCCUUGUUCACUUCCCCAUUGCAACAAAGCAUACUGGAAUCGGUACAACUGAUAGUGCGUUGGAUGAAGAUGGUGUCCUGGACAUUGACAUUGCCAUUUCCUUGGAGACUACAUGGCAUGCUAUGGAAGAAACAGUCUCUUUGGGCUUGGUUCGCAGUAUCGGGAUCAGCAACUAUGACAUUUUCUUGACCAGAGAUUGCUUAGCUUACUCCAAAAUAAAGCCUGCUGUAAACCAGAUUGAAACACACCCUUACUUCCAGCGCGAGUCUCUUGUUAAGUUCUGUCAGAAGCAUGGAGUUGCAAUUACGGCCCACACCCCCCUUGGAGGGUCAGUCGCUAAUACGGAGUGGUUUGGUUCGGUCUCUUGCCUGGAUGAUCCAGAACUCCAAGGCUUAGCUGAGAAGUACAAGAAGACCGUCGCUCAAGUGGUUCUUCGAUGGGGUAUACAACGAAACACCGUCAUCAUCCCCAAAUCAUCAAAACUUGAGCGACUUGAAGAGAAUUUCAAAGUGUUUGACUUUGAGUUGUCAAACGAGGAUAUGGAGCUCAUCAAGAACAAGGACCGAAAAUACCGAACCAAUAACCCUGCUAAGUUUUGGGGGCUUGAUCUAUAUGCUUAAACAAUAGCCAAUCAUACUUUCGUGGUGUAAGCUCAGUUUUUCCAAAACAGUAAUCGGAUUAGGCAUUUAAAGCCAACUAUUAAAUAAUGCACUUUUUAAUACUAAUGUUUGUGAUCGGAAA